CCAAACACUCAAAAAAGCCUUUUCUUGGCGGUUUUCCUGUGGUACAUAAUUACGUAAGAGACUGGAUCUAAGUCGUAGAGUGAGAGUAUCACAACAGAAGAGUAGUGAGAAAAACCAAGAAAACAGAGGGAAAAUCACAGAGAAAAAAAUAGAAAAGUAUUUUUUUCUCUUCACAAAAGAUGCUUUCCAGGGUUUUAUCGACAGCACCUCUGAGGUCCACCGUUAGCUGGAGUACCACCUGUCUUCCUGGUUUAACGUCACUAAAACCAUUCAAUCAAAGAACUUUGAAGUUAUAUAGACUUUCCAGACUCCACACUUCAGGUUUUGAUGAUGCUGGCAGAAGUAUUUCAGCAGCCUACCAAUCUCAUAAAAAAUUUGGUUUUACUAUCAGAGAGAAUGUCAAAGGGAUAGAUAAACCCAAUCCUAUUGUAGUAAUUCUUGGGUGGAAUAAUUCUCAACACAAGUAUCUAGCAAAAUACAGUGAAAUGUUUGAGAAGAGAGGAUAUGAUACAUUGUGUUCUACUGCAAAUCCAUUCAACACAUUUUUUAGGAGUGGAUCAAAGGUGAAGGAAAUUGCACAUCGAAUCUUGGACGUGCUUCUUGAAAUGAACUGUUCAAGUCGACCUGUUUUCCUUUAUGCAUUCAGUAAUGGAGGCGGUGCAGUGUUUUUUCAACUGACAGAAGCUUUGUCAACUCCAGAGAGCAAGUACUUUGACAAGAUUAAAGUAGCUGGGUCUAUAUUUGAUAGCUUUCCAGUGGUUCCUGAAAUGAAAAGUGUAAAAAUAGUCCAAAAGACUAUCACUGGAUAUAUAGGAAACCCAAUUGUAAGGUGGCUUGUGUGGUAUGGUUUAGGAAUAUCUAUACCUCUUAUGAUUCUCAUAGACCCUAACAUUAAGAGAUACAUGCAUAGCAUAACCAAUUCACCAAUUAAUUGUGAUCAACUUGUUUUGUUUUCUAAAACCGAUCCGUUUGCACCUUCUGAAGAUAUUGAACAUUUUAUUAAUGAAAGGAGAAAGAGGGGAGUUCAUGUUGUAGCUAAAUGUUGGGAAAAAUCCCACCAUGUCAAUCAUUAUAGAGAACACCCUAAUGAAUAUACAAGAAUUGUUUAUGACUUUAUUGAUAAUUGUCUAAAGAAAAUGUAAAGUACAUUUUAGUUAAGUAACUUAUAAUUCCAACAUUUUAUUGACGUAAGACUGCAAUAAUUGUUCAUUGCUAGUUCAUGCCUCUUGUGAUGCUGCCCCCAACAGGGCCUCAAUAUUUAAAAACAUACUUAAACGAGCGACAGAAUUUUACCCCUGGGUUUCCAAGGAUGCAUGUCAUGUAUCUUUUAUUAGCUGAUUGUUGCUAAUAAACUUGCCCUUCAUUGGGACAUUAAACCACUU